ACAGUUAACAAAUAAUAUUGGCCAUUGCAAACCACGAUUUGUUCGACGCGGUCAGCAAUUAGAUGUUUUAGGUGCGGUUCUUACUAAGAGGAAUUAACUUCUCUCAUCCAAUAAAAUAACAGGGAAUUGCCCUCCAUCGCUUAGAAUAAAAUAAUGGAAAAUAAUGUACUGGUCGUGCAACAGUUGCAGUUCAAAGAGCCUCAGUGCGCCGUUCCAACAACCCAAAGUCCGGAUUUUUUCCAAUUAGAUAAACUAGAACUUGCUUCGAUGGUAUCUAUGGCGAUGCCACUUCAAUUGAAGGCGCCCUCAAUCAGUGGAGAUUGCGGAGAUCUUUUCAAAUUGCCUACUUCUCGAUGUCUUGAUAAAGCGUCGAGUGUUUCGAUCAGGAGUUACUCUGGGAGAUGUUUUCAUCAUGUUCGGAGAUUUGAGGUUUUCUGUGAAGCUCAGCCUGAAAUCAAGGUACUGCAUGUCAAGAAGUGUUCUCCACUGCUUGAAAGCACACUGCUAUCAGGUAGCAACUUUCUGACACCGACAUGGAAGGCAGUUCCAGAUAUCUGGAAGUCAUCAGCUGAUAAAUAUGGUGAUCAGGUUGCUUUGGUAGAUCCAUAUCAUGAUCCACCUUCAAAGAUGACCUACAAACAACUGGAGCAAGAAAUUUUGAACUUUGCUGAAGGAUUGAGAGUUGCUGGAAUUUUCCCAGAUGAAAAAAUUGCACUUUUUGCAGACAAUUCAUGCCGAUGGCUAGUUGCUGACCAGGGCACUAUGGCAACUGGUGCAAUAAAUGUGGUUCGAGGAUCAAGGUCAUCUGUGGAAGAGUUGUUACAAAUAUAUACCCACUCUGAGAGUGUUGCACUUAUUGUUGACAACCCAGAUUUGUUCAACAAGAUUGCAAGAACUCUUAGUUCAAGGGCAAUGAUGAGAUUUGUUGUCCUAUUGUGGGGUGAAAAAUCUAGUUGUGAUAGUCAAUUAAUGGAUGGAAUGCAACUUUACAGUUACAAGGAGAUCAUCAAUUUGGGACAAAAAAGUCGUGGUUUGCUCGCUUCCUACAAAGGUCACUCUCAUGGAUAUGUAGCUAUUAACCCAAAAGAUAUUGCAACCCUUGUUUAUACUAGUGGAACAACGGGCGUUCCAAAAGGUGUCAUGCUUACACAUCAAAAUCUCUUGCAUCAGAUAAAGAACUUGUGGGAUAUCGUUCCUACGAUACCUGGCGAUAGGUUCUUGAGUAUGCUUCCACCUUGGCAUGUAUAUGAGAGAGCGGCUGAGUAUUUCAUAUUCACUUGUGGAAUCGAGCAAGUUUACACUACUGUUAAAAACCUCAAGGAGGACUUACAGCGGUAUCAGCCCCACUACCUGAUUUCUGUACCACUUGUAUACGAAACAUUAUACGGUGGAAUCCAGAAGCAAAUAUCUGUCAGUUCAAGGGCUAGAAAGACUGUUGCCUAUGCUUUAAUUAAUAUCAGUUUGACAUUCAUGGAGUUCAAGAGGAUUUAUGAGGGAAAGGCCUUAUCUCAAGUUCAUAUUCAACAUUCAGCAUUGGUUUCCUUCUUUGACUGGCUAUGGGCUAGAACAGUGGCAGCUUUUUUGUGGCCUUUGCAUUUGUUAGCCGUCACGCUUGUAUACAGUAAAAUUCACUCUUCAAUUGGAAUUUCAAAGGCUGGUAUAAGUGGUGGUGGAAGCAUGCCUUUGCAUGUUGACAAGUUUUUUGAGGCCAUUGGCAUAAACUUGCAGAAUGGUUAUGGUUUGACAGAGUCAUCUCCUGUAGUAGCAGCAAGGCUACCUGACUGUAAUGUCCUUGGCACGGUUGGGCCCCCGCUUCCCUAUACAGAGAUUAAAGUUGUAGACCCAGAAACUGAUGUUGCUCUUCCAGAUGGGUCGAAGGGCAUCGUUAAAGUUCGUGGACCACAAGUAAUGAAGGGUUAUUAUAAGAACCCUACUUCGACGAGAGAAGUCUUGGAUGAUGAGAGCUGGCUGAACACAGGUGAUAUAGGUUGGAUUGCACCUAGAAAUUCAACUGGACGGAGUCGCCGUUGUGGGGGACUGCUUAUUCUUGAAGGCCGUGCUAAGGAUACAAUUGUUCUUACAACAGGUGAAAAUGUUGAACCAUCAGUAAUCGAGGAAGCCGCACUGCAAAGUUCUCUGAUUCAUCAAAUUGUGGUCAUUGGCCAGGAUCAGAGACGGCUCGGUGCUCUAAUUGUUCCAAACAAGGAUGAGCUUCUAUUGGUUGCGAGGAAGCUGUUGAAAUCAAAUGACCCAGAUGUAGGACCUAGUAAAGAGUUAUUGAACAGCGUGAUACGGGAUGAAUUGAAACACUGGACUUCAGAUUGUUCAUUCCAGAUUGGGCCAUUCUUGCUACUGGAGGAGCCAUUGACGAUAGAUAGCGGCUUAUUGACCCCGACCAUGAAAAUACGUAGAGACAAGGUUAUGGAUCGGUUCAGAGAUGAGAUCUCAAAGCUUUACCGGUAAAUCUUCAGGCUCAAGCUCUUCAUCCUUGCGAUCACAUGGAGAAUAGAUUACUAAAGCUGUAUAUCCGUGUGUGUAAACCAAAUUGACCUAAGCAAGAUCUUGGAGGAAGUUGAAAGUACUGUCUUAUUUAGUUUGGAAAGAGUUUCAUCCAAAUUAGUGUAAUGUCGAAAAAGUUACAAGCAGUACAAGGCAGAUCAAGCCAGCUGCUUCUGUUAAAUUUGUAAAAAUUAUUUUCCUCAUUGUGAGGGUAUUUGAGAAUAGAUAUAUAUCCCAUAACUGUGUUAUUUCCCCUAC